UUGCCGGCGCCAUGGCCUUCCUUGUGCCUCGUCUGCGACCCUUCUUUCGCAGCCUUCGCGGUGCGGCCAGGGCCAGGAGAUGUUUCUCCGCGGAGGUCCAGGUGUCUCAGGAGCGUUUGAAUGAGUUCCUCCAGGCUGAGGUGGUGUUCUUCGCCGGGCGCGAGCCCAAGUCCAUCACCCUGCGGCAGAUCUUGGAUGCCAAGACGCCCGAGCAGGCGGCUACCCUGGCGUACCGCGAGCUGCCCAUCCGCUAUGCCCAGCGCAUUCUGCAGAUCGAGACACUGCCUGGCUGGCAAGCUUCCCAGGAGCUCGUGGAGGUUCAUCGCCUCUACUCUGAGAAUUUCAAGGACAUUCGGCUGGUUGAGCUCAACUUGAAGGAGUUGGAGCCCUUUACUGCAGUCAUUGGAACCAUCAAGGGCCGCAUGAAGGAGGUGAUUCCCAUGUUGGCCAACGCCAUGCGAAAUCUGCAGCAGACCGAAGGCUACUCCGAGGCCGCGAUCGUGCAGUGGCUGGACGCCUUUUUUCUCUCGCGCAUUGGGACGGAGAUGUUGACCUCUCAAUACAUGGCCUCCGCCAAGCCGGACGUCACCGCGCGGCGGCGGCGCGUGGGGGUGGUGGACUAUGCCUGCGAUCCGGUGAAUAUCUGCGAACAGGCGGCCAGGCAUGCCCGAAAACUGUGCAAGCAGCACUACGACGAUUCUGCGGAUGUUGAAAUUCUGGUGGAGAGUAGCAUUGCCUCCAGCUUUGAGAUUGAGAGCCGCAUUCGAUUUCCUUAUGUGCCCAACUAUUUAUUCUACAUCAUGGUCGAGCUGUUGAAGAACAGCGCUCGCGCCACGGUGGAGGCACAGCAGGAGUCGCCCGGGCAGCGGCGGUCGAUUGUGAUUACAGUGGGGGCCGAUCCCAGCGAGGUGGCCAUCCGUGUGUUGGACCAAGCGGGCGGCAUUCCCUUCCAUGCGGCGGAUAAGGUUUGGUCCUACAUGUACUCCACCGCCUCCAAGGCGGCCCGGAACUUCGAUGAGCAAGGCACGCCCUUGGCGGGCUAUGGCGUGGGCCUUCCCCUCAGCAGACUCUAUGCCAGGUAUUUGGGCGGAUCUUUGCACUUGCAGUCGCUGCCGGGGGUUGGUACAUGCGCCUAUUUGUACCUGAAACGCUUGGAGAGUGAAGCCAGAGAGGAGCUUCCUACCAGGAGUUCUGUUAGCAGCUGCAGCUUGGUUUGAGCCUCAAACAUAUAUGUCC